AUGAAAAACGUUGCUUUUCCUUCGUCGCCGCCGGCGAAAUUCGUCGGUGAUGACCGGUUAACAGAGAUUUCCAUGAAGCUGAGCGAGGAUUUCAGCAAGAAGCUGGGCGAGGCUUCACGGCCGCGUCUUAGAAAGUUGUUUGUGGAGGAUCGCGACGGAGACGGCGAGAAGGCCAUGACGGCGUCGGGUUCGGAGCUUGAACCGCGAGGACCGUACUGCUCGUGGUCGGGAGGAACUGUUGAGGAAGCGUCGCCGGAGGCUUGCCGAAAGAGCAAUUCGACGGGAUUCUCGAAGCUCUGGAGAUUUAGGGAUCUCGUGUUGAGAAGCAACAGUGACGGAAGAGACGCGUUUGUUUUCUUGAACAGUAACGUCGGCGAUAAAACCCAGUCGUCUUCUUCGGCGGCGAAAUUGACCAGUCAUGAUGAUAAGAAGCCAACGGAGGAGAUAAAGACAAGAAAGGAUAAAAAGGGGAAGGGGAAAACGACGUCGUCGGAGAAGAGAACGAAGUCGGCGCACGAGAGGCUUUACAUGAGAAACAGAGCGGUGAAGGAAGAAGGGAAACACAGAUCGUAUCUUCCGUACAAACAAGUCGGAUUCUUCACCAACGUGAAUGGUCUCAGCAGAAAUAUCCAUCCUUUCUGA